AUGUCCUUUCCACCAGAACUGAAGAUUGUCGAAGGAACCAGUAUUAUGAUAGAUGUUCCAAAAGACAUUUUCAAAGAUUUCAAAGCGUUUAUUGAUAAAUGGCCAAAGCAGCCACCGAAUAAAAUAAUCGUUGCAAAUGUUAACAGAAAACCAAUCACAAAAGAAAUCAAAGGUGGAAAUAUUGAGUUAAGACAUCAAGUUCUCGUUGAAGCUCUUGAGCAUUUCGGUUUAUAUAAGCAGCCAACAGAACUUAUCUGGCCUGCUCAAAUUCUCCACUUCAUCGAUACGAGAGUCACACCAGAAAUGACACAAAAAGAGUUUGAGGAACUCCCAGAUACCAUAUUUAAGCAAUUUCAGUUUUACAAAGCUCCUGAAACAGCUCCAUCCCCGAAUGAUCUCAAGUACGAACCAAUUACAGUUGGCACCUCCACAGCUGCCUUCUUACUUGGCACAUUUGGUUCUGUUAAGGAUUAUGAGCGCAUGAAUGACUUUUAUCGUGAUGACCAAACAACAUCUUAUGUUGUUCAGCUCUCCAUCCCUGUUCCAGUAUAUGUUCUCGUUACUCGCCAAAUCGUAAACAACACAUUUACCUUCUCAUUCCCUAAUUCCGAGAAACUUACAGCAAAAGCACUUCAUGGAAUUGUCGAAAAAAUCCUUACAAAGGUAGAAGCAGACAAAUGCCUCAAAAUGAAGUUAAUGGAUGCCGAUCAAAUUAAUAUCAAAGCUGCAAACACACAAAUCGCACAAUUAGACUGCUAUGUUUCAGGAAAUCAAGAACUUGAAACAGCUGCUGAUGAUACACCAACAUCUACUGUCUAUAUUUUAACAGAAAAAGAAGAUGAAAAAAUAUUAACAGAAGCAGCCCAGAAAAUCUUCGAUUACUUCGAAUUACAUAUGUGCAAGAAGUGCAAGUGUGUAUAUCCUAAGUUUGAGACCCAAUGCUUCAUUACAUUCCACAAAGGAAAGCAAAUUCCAAUUGAAGACGAUGAAAUGGAAAUUGUCGAUGAAGACAUGGUCGACGAAAACGGUGAGCCAAUCAUCCUCCAGAAUUGGACUUGCUGCGGCAUUAUUCCAGCUGAUGAACUCGGAUGUGACAAGAAACCAAACGGACAACACGAAGAGGACACAGCACAUCCUAAGAUUUCUAAGUUCACAACAGAAACAGUCAAAUAUUCCAGGAAUUUCUAA